AUGUCAUCAAGAGGUAUUCGAGCUUCGGGUACCGAUGGGAACGACUUUCAAAACCGCCAAAGAAUCGCUCAACAUUACCAACAAAGGUACUACUAGCUUUCAUCAACGUUCUACUGAGUUUGUUUCAGUGUGCAGUACAAGUCUACUUUAAAAUGGUUCUUCGUGCCUCAUUUUUUGGUUCUAGUUUUCAUGUGGCUCAAGGUGAGAUCUCACGUGAGAUGAUUCUUUCAUUAUCAUUAGCACAAAACCUUUAAGACAAUAGCCCGCUUCAUGGGCCGAGCUUACGCUCAAAAACGGCUUGGCUGCUUGUUUGAUUCUUAUAACCGUUCGAAAGUUCACGUGAUCAUUUCUUAGACAAGCUCAGCCCGCGCAGCGGGUUGUCUUUCACAAAAUAAUGAUUCCAGGUAGGAUCUGAAUCAUUGAGAAUAAAUUUCGGAUGGAGAAACGCGUUUUUCGAGAGACUAGAUAUGCCAGCGGCAUAUCCAUGGGAGUACGUUUGGUGCCUGUCCAUCAUUUCUAUUUUUUUGGCGCUUUACUCUUUCAGAAGGAAUCAGGUAUUUUGUUCAAUAGUUCUGAUUUUUCAAACAUCAAUCUUCAGCUAACAUUUCUGCAUUACGCUUAUUACUCCGAGUUUUUAGUUGGAAUUUUCCCAUGUAUGAUUGGUCUUGGGAGCCAGCUUCCUGAACUUUUAGAAUACGUUAAUGAUAUGGAAGGAAGUAACACUCCCACAUUUAAGGUAAGUGAAUGACUUCUGAAAUGAUCCGACAACUCGCGCAGCAGGCUCAAAUUCAAACGUCCUGUUUUGCUUUCAGAGUGCAAGUGAACACAUCAGCACUCCAUAAAGUAUAAAUUCAGGGUUACAUGAAUAUUUUCAGGGAAUAUUCCCAAUGGUCAUAAUUUGGUACAUUUUCUUCGCUGUCGCUCUGCAAAUUCAUGGCUUUUCGAUGUAUUUCAUGCACAACCUUGCCGCUGCCUGGGCUCCUGUUCAUCGAGAUUGA